CGCUUAAUCGCUGGCCUCUGAGCUAACAACCCCGGUCGUAAGACGAAAUAAUGCCAAGAAAACAUCUUGAGCAACGUCUUGUGAAACUUACUUGAGUAUGCACUACGGCUUUCUUAAUGCACCUGUCUAAACCCGGCAUGUCCAUUUAGGCUCAUUGACAGUGGAAGGACGCACUUUAUUAAGAGUGCGUUUUCCUGAAUUAAGACUCCUGCAUCCAGCGCCGUUUUCACGAACCUAAGUUGAGCAUAUGGAAAACAAAUGGGAUUACUCGAAUGUAACGUCCAAACUGCGCAAUUGCACGCUGCGAAAGGCUAGCGAGAAGGACGCACGAAGUGCAAAAGCCAGCGCAUAUAACGUUUCAAAUGCAGUAAAACACGAAGAUGCCACGCCCACUGGUGGAAGACGAACACGCAUGCGUCAAGAAUUCCUGAUACCCACUGUCAUCGGCAGGUGAAUUGCAUAAUGCUAUGCAGCCUGCCAGUACAUCUUUUUCUUUAUAGCGGUGUCAUGCUUUGAAAAGCAUUUCGAAGCCGAAGGAAAGAAGACCGCGUGACCUUGCGCACACAGCGUACAGCUCGCUGCACGUGGCUGUUUUCCUUUCGGUCCACUGGGUAGACAGCCGAAGGAAGAAUCUGAAAACCUUGGGCGCGUCACGAUCCCGUCCUGGCUCAGAGUGAACCAAUGCAGCCUCGUCGCCGCAGCUCCGACAACGCAGAGGACUAGGUCCACACAUCGUCCCUUCUUCCAAAAGCAGGCCGAAGGACACCGAGGGAAGUGCCGGCUUGUUCGUCUAGCUUCAGCUGCCCCUGUCCGAGCACUAGCACCUGGGCUGUUCGUUUGGACCACGUCAGUGAGAAGCAGUGGGCACCUCCUGGGUGUACGGCACGCUCAAAGGCAACCCUGUGUCGUGCACAGCAAGGUGCGGCUUCGUCGCCGAUGCAAUGCAGGUCAUGAGCGGAGAGAGCUAUGGCGUUUUCGCUGAAGAAGCUGCUGCUGGCCUGCUUCCUGGUCACGUGCGGCGUGGCGCUGCUCAGCACGCCGUUGCUCCUGCGCUUCUCGGUGUACUCGGAGCGGACGCUGCCCAUGGGAUACCAGGACGUGAUCCCGCUGCACAAGCACAGCUCGACCUUAUGGUGCGAGAACAUGACGACCAUGUCGUCGCAAACGUUCAAUGCCUACCUCUACGACGGCGCCGAGCCCAACGUCACGGAGCACUCCGUGCAGAAUCGGCGAGUGCACGUGAGGGUGGCCUCGUACUACUACCUGGGCAUGUACUUCCUGCGAGGUUCCCGCGUCUCCAUCACCUGCUGCCCAGCCGGCCGAGGAACCAAGCUGCACCUGAUCGCCGGACUCGGGAAGCUCGAACAGUGCCUGAGCACCGUCACGGGAAGGAACGGCUCCUCGCGCAACAACUUGUUCCCAGUGCCACCAGUGCGGGGCCCCAUCUUGGACUCGCAGAUCCGGCGCAACAGCACGGCCUGGUCCGUGCGCUGUGCCUCCGAGGCUUCCGUCGACUUGGUGCCGGACGCCUGCGGUGGUGCCGGCCCUCUUAGACCACGGCCCGUGCUGUGGCACGAGGCGCACGUGGACGGCUACCACUACCUGCUCUUCCUGAACGACCCGGCGAGCGAGGCGUACAACGACGUGCAGCUCGGAGUGACCGCGUGGCGGCGCGUGUUCGACCGCAACCAGACGCUGGACGCGUGCCGCGAGGCGCUCAACUGCAGCCUGCCGCUGUCCUUCUUGUCGCAGCAGUUCGUGGUGGCCGAGCGCAGCCGCAGCACGCCCACCCGCACCGAGCCAGUGUUCCUGCACGCGCGGUGCGAGCCCCGCCGCAAGGUCUACUUCCUCUUCUACCUGGCGUUCGCCGUGCUCUUCGUGGUCGUCGCCUUCCAGUGAGCCCAUGGCUCUGACCCGUCGCGCCUCGGGAGCCGUCCUUCCCACGGCGCUAAUUGCCUGCGGAUGGUUCGAACAGCCGGCGCUUUGAGGGCUCUUGGGACACUGGGUUCAGACGAAGAUUGCGACUUUCGUGACCUGUGAACUCGAGGCUACUCGAACAGACAGCAGCUUCGAGCAGCGCCCGCAGUCAGACUGCCCGUACGUCUGAGUUGCACCACCACAACGACUCGGUCAAUUCCGCCCUGGGUUGUUGUGCUCUUUAGUGUUUACAGGCGUUGUAAAUACAGCCAAUAAUAUUUGUAUGAUCUAGCACUACUAUGCUUUUAGUGUUCAGAGCUCCCAAGAACUGCUAACGCUUAAUAGAAGUAGCUUGCGACAGAUCGAGGACCGCUGUAUAUAUGUUGCCUUCUGAGGCGUUUCGGCAGGAAAGAGGGUCUAUUGAGUUUGCCAGAACUGCAUGCGGAAACUAAGGAAAGAUGCACGCACUUGGCCCUGCGUAUAUAGAUUAACGAUCGUCGCUCUUUUCAUUGUUAAACGUUAAAUUACAGCACAGCUGCCAACGUGUGCGCCCACAGUCGCGUCGCCAAGCGACCCUCAUGCUUUUUUUUUUUAUUUAACAGGCUCUAUGCGCUGAUUUGUUCGGUUGUUCUAUCGCUCGUUACAUUAACCCUACAGAUAGCGGCGUUUUGGCAAGCUUCUCAUUAUGUUUGAUUGGUGUGUUACGGGUCCCGCGGGAGCUCGCGUCGUUUAAGAACGACAAUAUGGACAUGUUUCGACGUUCGACAAUUUUCUAUUAAAACUUUCACAGUGGAAACUUGCCGUUCCUUGGUCAAAGCCUUUCGCGCGGUGUUCAGUGGCCCAAGUUCGGCCGCAGAGACGACUUUGCUCAUUGACGACUCUAUAGUCCGACUCUCCCUGGCUGUGGAGUACUACUGAUACGUGUCAUCGACCCCCGGACAUGGCACACCAUGGCACAGGCGGAGGCUCUGGCGCAGACCUUCGUGCUGUGCAGCCAAGCUCGCUCAAAUGGGCCGCAAAACUUUCCUUUACAUGUGGCCGUAAAGCAUGUAGGCGAAACGGCAGCGGUUGUAGGAUCUUUACACACAACGGACGCCGUAUAGAUCGUGCGGAUGCACGAAAUCUAAAAUGCGGUGAAGGACGGUGAGCCCUUGCAUUUUUUUAAUCAUUCGCGAGUACGCUAACUGCAUCCUUCGUGGAAAACAAAUUGCUCAGGUAGUCGAUAUUGGCACGAAAGUCAGCACCACUGUCAUGAUGUAACAGCUCGGUGAAGACAAGACACAAGCGUCACGUGCACGACUAUAGUUUUACAUGAAAUUUACGCGACAUUCUUCUAGUGUUACAGGAAACAAGAACGAAGACGGGCAACGCAACACCAGCGUUGAUAUGCUAUAGUGAUUUGCAUUUACUACGCUGUCAGUUACGCCACGAAUCCGCAUCAACGUGUCCAGUUUUCUCUGCUCCUCAAUGCCACUGUGUUGGCGAAGAUACGGGACACUUCUACAGUCCGUUGAGAAAUAUUGCGAGACCUGUGCUAGCACUCCACAUGAUCCACGAUCGAUGACUUUCAGUGGCGCGCAUGAUUGGCUGAGCCACUGACAGAAUAGAUACCUGUCGUUUGAGUGAGGCGACGCGUUGACCAUUACGUCUCGCAAGAGCACAAAAUGUACUCGAACGUAGCCGAACGAGAUUACGGGCUUUGCGCUCGAUUUGCGCAGAUGACGUUCCAACCCCGCAG